GAUAUCUAAUUUGCAGAUUUUGGUAAGAGAGGUUCGCUCAGAGGUGAAUAAUGUGUUGGAAUUUUUCGUUGCAUCAUUUUCUUCUCCUUCUCUUCUGUUUCUCUGCUUCACUUGACGCUCAACAGAAUUUAGGCAGAAUCGGGAGAAACGAAGAAACUGAGAUAGGGUUUGGGCGCAGAGCUCUGUUGAGUUUCAAAGAGUCUCCUCAUGGAAGUAACGUUACCUUUGAUUGCUCUCGUUCCGGGCCCUGUGUUGCGUGCCUCCUCUCCGAAAAGAAGGAUGAAAAUUAUGGCUGCAGUGAGACUGGGUAUCGUAUUCCCCUGAAAUGUGUGGAAGUCAAAGACACAUCAAAAGUUUCCAAUGAGAAAAAAUCUCAUGAUGGUCGCUCAACACUUGAAAUGUCUUAUGAGCACAAGCUUGUGAACCAUUUGCAGAGUGAUGCAAGCGAUCAUGCUUCAUCAGUUGCACACAGACAUCAACGGGAUGGUUCUAUCUCUGGAACAGUUGGUUCCCAGGAUUACAUCAUUUACAGAAGCUGUAUUCCAUCAGUUAAUGAUGAAAAGUUGUCUGUACUUGGGUUUGAGAACCAAAAUUCGAUGGCUAAUCAGUGUAAUCUAUGGAUUUUCUUCAGCGGUUCUGUUGUUAAGAUGAUAGCUAACAUCAUAUCUAGUCAGAUUUGCAGUACUAUGGAGGGCAUUGUGCUAGGCUUGCUGCUUAUAAGCGGUUCAGUUGUGUACUUCAGAAGGAAGCGAAGUGUUUCAACGGCUGGUUUUGCAUCUGGCAGGGUGCAGUCAAAUUCCAGGUUCUAGUACAUCACUCAUUUUUUGUUACAAUUAUCCACCAAUUCUACACAUUCAAAUUAUUCAAAGAAUUAGGUUCAUUUGAACAA